AAGUAGCUUCAUUGCAGCGCUGACUGCAGACUUGCAGCGCCACCGAAACUUGAUAAGAUAUAAAGAAUAUCGGCCUACAGAAUGCGUUCUAUAAAGCUGUCUGUUGUGUUUUUUUUUUAAUAUAUAAGGUUGUGUUGAUUGUACACUGGUGCAUGGAAAUCAAAAUGUUAUUUACAGUGUUUUUUAUUGUGUUAAUUAAUAAGUGCGUUGGUAUACCUGAGCUAAAUGACACGGAAUACUCCCGAAUGCCACCAGUAUUUAAAAUGGACCACUUUGAUGACUGCAUAUUUAAACCAAAUGGGACUUACUGCAUGGCUAAUUUCGUCUUAGUUUCAGAUACACAAAAUGAUCUCUUGGAUAUGAUAACGGAAUAUUCGAAGGCAGUAAAGACACGUUUUAAUCAUACAAAAUUGCGUCAUGGUAUUUGUGUUUCACAAAAAUGCAGAUACGUAGACUUUAGUAAUAAAGAGGAUCGCGGAUUGAACCUUGAAGCAUGCCUCAACAAAACGUAUUGGGACGAAUAUAAAUUAAAAACUAAAAUUAUUGAACCUUUAACGUGCAAUACUAAUGAAAAGGAAGAUGUUGAAUAUGAUGUACUUGAAAUCAUUGCGGCUGUUGUAUUUAUAUUAAUUCUAUUAACAAAUGUUAUUGGGACUAUAGGUGACUAUUACUGGAAUGGAAAUGGAAACAGCUACUUAUUGUGUUUCUCCGUAAGACGAAAUUGCCAUAAACUAUUUAUUUCAUACGCCAACUUUGACGAAGAUCAAGAACGUCUAAAAUCAAUACAUGGAAUACGGAUGUUAACAAUAGUGGGUGUUGUUGGCUUACACUCAGUUUUGAUAACAAUAACAACGCCUGCAAAUACAAGAUUUAUAGAAAAUCUUUAUGAUAACAUAAUCAACUAUGUAUACAUAAAUGGAACAAUUGUUGUGCAAUCUUUUUUUGUAAUGGCUGGAUUUCUCUUGGCAUAUAAUACAGAAACCGUGAAUUCAAGAGAAAAUGUGUCGUGGAAACUGAUUCCUUUAGGAUGUUUACGAACAUUUAUCAGAUUGACACCUUCAUACGCUGUCAUCCUACUCUUUACUAUGACUUGGCUUAAGCGUUUUGGCUUCGGACCACUUUGGCUGGGAAACAUCACACUUGAAGCCGAGUCCUGUAAAGUGAAUUGGUUGAGCCACCUUCUUUACUUCAACAAUUAUCUAGGCAGUAGCUAUUGUAUGCUACAAACCUGGUAUUUGGCAGCAAACGUGCAGUUGAUGAUUAUGGGUUACUUCAUAUGUGCACUGGCCAGAUCAACAAUUGUUAAAUGUUGGACACUGGGAAUUCUUUUCGUUAUUGGAAUCAUGCUACCUGCGGCGUAUACAUUCUAUUAUAAUUUGGAUGCUGUCCUUCUUAUGUCCCCUGAGUUUGCGUUUACUUUUAACGAUAACCCCACUUUCAAACACGUUUACAAGACGGGACAUACAAACAUACCAAACUUUAUAAUGGGCAUUGCUUUGGGAUGUUAUACUUAUUACUGUCAGAAGCAACAAGUCGACAUGGCUAAGUUUAAAAAAUAUAAGUUCCUUUUCAAUCUCCAGAUCCCUAUUAUAUUAACUAUGAUGUUGUUCGGAUCUAUAUUUAAGGAUGGCUUGGACAUUCCUCCCUACAUUAGAGCAAUUUACGCCGGUCUUAUAAAACCUAUAUAUGGGUGCUGUCUUUGUACUAUGAUUUUUGGCUCCGUAUUUAAAUUUGAAAAUUUCAUUAGACCCAUACUAGAAUGGCGGAUGUGGAAGGUUCCAGCUAGGCUGUCUUAUAGCGCGUACAUUAUCCAUGUUACCAUUAUACGACUUAUGACGGGACUUGGAACUUCAGUAUAUGAUGUUAACUACUUGCAUUUGUUACAAAUAGCUCUCGGAGUAUUGGUAAUAGUUUACCUAAUCACAAUUCCGUUUUGGUUGUGCAUCGAAGGACCUAUUAUCGCGCUAUACAAUUUAUCAAUGAGGAAAAAGACUGUGAGAGUAUCAGAAUCUUCUAAAUAAAUACUAGAUCGAUAUACGAAUUAUGUAAAGAUUGUAUAUAGCGAGUAAGUAUGUUGAAAAUAAUUAUGUAUAAAUAAAUUUUUUAUUUUCCUUU